UCCCUUGGGUCAAUAUCCAGAAAUUGGAAAGGACAUCCAACGUCUUUGUGGCAGACACCAUCCAGACCACCACGCAGAAUAAGGAGCAUGACUCCUCCAUAUUUCUGAUCCUGGAUGCGGUCUUGAAGAUCAUGGAGCAGCUGGUAAAUGUGAUGCUGCGGAGGCUGCUGGAUAAUGAGGUCUGGAGCCAGAUGUGCAGGAGCCAAGCCAGAUCACCAAGAGGCUACCAAGAAAGGAGAAGCUGCACACUGUGGUGGACUACUCCUCUGGACGCCCUUCAGUCGGUUCCACACUGCAGGACGCAUGUUUUCCUCUGACAGCUCCACCUGCUUUGCCAGCAGAGAAGAUGGCUGCUACAAUAUUGUCCUUCUGCUCAGAGAGGUAGUGAGCAUGGAGAAGAUGGAGGACACCAGUCUGCUGCCCAGCCCCAUCCUCAUCAGCAUCAGGAGCAAGAUGGCCUUCCAGUUCAUCGAGCUCAAGGAUAGACAGACCUUGGUGGAGACCCUGCUUGAGAGACUGAAGCAGGUCCACGCCAACCAUCCUGUGCACUAUGACACCUCAACCAAUGACAAGGACAUGGUAGGAGCCUGCAGCAUAGUGGCUUUCCGUGACACCCCAGGGACUCUGGAGCUGUGA